AUGUUUACGGUUGUUGAUGAAGCACAUAGAAGAAAUCCGAAAAAGAAAGACCACGAAUCCAUAAGACAUGGAGAAAACAGCCCAGCUUUCAGAGCAACAGACCGGCGCCUGCCUCAAGCCAGUUCAUCGAUCGUCAAUGAAGAGGAAACAACUGAACCAACCUAUAAGUCGUUUCAACCUCUCACGUGCUUGUGCGAAAAGAACCCUUCGAGGAAUUCGGUCGACUGGCAUACGCAACACGUGGCCAAGCCAAUUCAACCUAUGCAGGGUGAUCAGUUCACCUAUCGAGGGCGAGUUAUUUCAUCCGAAUACCAUUCGACGUACUUCAGCAUUGCUGAUCCAGUGUUCCCACCAGACUCCGGCAAUGCUUUGAAGACAUCGAUGGUCAAACACUGCAAGUCUUUUGAGGUUUUCGGUGCGAGGCAGUCAAGUUACUGA